GAGGUGGUCGUGGAGGAAGAGGAAGAGGGGGAGGAAGAGGACUGGGGCGCUGUGUCGGUGUUGAUACUCGUCUAAAAAAGCUCCGCAGGUAGAAUCGCACGAUCGAAUGUCUUUUCGAUGUGAUGAAAAUGGUCAAGUAUGGAGGAGAGUGGAGGGCUUUGAGUAAAGGCUUCGAUACCUCGAAUCAUGACAGAGGCGUCGGACGAUGGUAACUAUCUGGUAAGGGUUCAUGCCCAGGUAAUGACAAGAGAUGACAGUUCUGGUGGUUGGGUUCCUUUGAGCGGAGGUGGAUUGGCGAAUGUCUCGGUCAGACGUAGAGUCACUCCCUCAGUAAAUCAGAUAAACAAUACCAAUGGAAACACUAUUCCUACUACGACCAACCCCACACAUUCUGUCUCCAAUACGACAGUUGGUCUUCAAAAUCAUGGAUCUUCUAAUAUCUCCCCACCUGGCGCGAAUAAAAGGAAACACGAAUAUUUUAUUUAUGGAAAACGUAUUACCGAUCAGUCGGUUGUUCUUAGUUGUACAAUUAAAAAAGAUUUUGAAUAUAAUAAGGUAAUGCCAACUUUUCAUCACUGGCGGACGGGUGAAAAGAAAUUUGGUUUAACAUUUCAAACAGCUGCUGAUGCAAGGGCGUUUGACAAAGGUGUUCGAACAGCGGUUGAAGAAUUGUUGGAAGGUUUAUCCGAUUUAACACUGACUACUGAUGUUCCAGACGCUGGGGAUGAAGAUGUCUUUAUGACUUUGAAUUUACCAGUGGAACCACCUGAGCCACGUUCCUCUACGGAUACACCUCAUGGAAUUCGAGUGCCCAAUUAUUCUCAGUAUUCGGAACUCCCCGAUUCGCAUCGGUCUAUCCAUUAUAUUGGUGGCUCUUCAACUGUUAAAGCCCUACCAUCGCAACAUCCCUUGACUUCCGCCACAGACAUUGGAUCGGAUAAUUAUCCUUACGUGCAGCUUACGACACUUAAUCAUGAAUAUCUGUAUCCCAUCAUUAACGAUCACAAGGGUGAAAGAUUAGAUGGACAUAAUACUUCUAAUAGCGGAAGUUCUCUGAAGAAGCCGGACACAGUAGUAUCGCAGCCUUCAAAAAAUACCGUGAAACGUAAUGUGCGUUUACGUUGCAGGCAUUGUCAAGAACUGUAUUUGGAGCAACAUAAUCCAAAAGGUUCUUGCGAAUACGCUCCUGAUCCAAUUCGGCGUGGAAUUGCGACAAUUUCUUGUUUGUCUUGUGCCCAAUGUAUGUUAUAUCAUUGUAUGAGCGAUGCCGAAGGUGACUUUGCACAAAAUCCUUGUAGUUGUAGUACAGAAGAAGGAUGCGGACGCAGAUGGUUCGGCUUGGCCCUGUUAUCACUGAUCGUUCCUUGUUUGUGGAUAUAUCCUCCACUUAAAGCUGCACAUUGGUGUGGAAUGUCCUGUGGGAUGUGCGGCGGACGUCAUCACCCUAUGGAAUAGCUGGAAGAACCCUUUGAUGUCUCUGCUCCAUAUUCAAUUGGUGCGAGCAACCUUUCCGCGUCGUACAACACAGUCGCCAAUGUGUAUGAAUGUCACGAUUUGAGCAUGGGUCGUUGUCAGAGGUAUCAAAGGGGUAGACAGUUUCCAGUGCACGCACUUAUCCAUCAGAGUCACCUUUAAGGAAAAUUGGUCAAAGAGAAAAGACCCAAUUUUUAGCACAGGAUGUUUCAUUAUAUGUGUAUGUGUGUAUAUAUGUAUGUGUGUAUGUAUGUAUGUGUGUGUGUAUAUGUGUGUGUGUGUAUGCGUGUGUAUAUAAUCCCAAUAUAUUCUAUACAUUUUGUAUAUUUUAUUAGACUAAAAUACAUUAUUUAAUCUCACAUGUACAUUGGACAAUUUGGGUGAAAUCAACUAGUAUUUACAAAUUUAAACAAUUGAUCUGUGGAAAUUAGCAGAUGGACUCAGACCAACUAUUUGUGAUAUGUGGUGCACACACAUUGUGAGAGUGUAGUUUCAGUGAGUCAAAACGAAGAAAUUUUUCUAUUCUCAGUUUGAGUGGUGUUUGUUUCAUGAUAUCUAAUGAUACCUAACAGAGGAAUAAAUAAGGUCAUUAAAAGUAUGUCUCGAUGGGGAUUAUCGGUGUAGAAUAUAAAGAUAUAUUGUGAUUCAGUCAGAUCUGAGUUAAAGUUGCCGAACCAAUAAGCCAAUAUUCUUUUCUAAUUUAUUUUUACAAAAUAUGUGUUUAUUUCAUCAAAUGUUUUUAAGUUUUCUUGUAUUAACUAUUAUUAAUAGUAUGAGUAAAAUUUGGCAAAUAGUAUAUUUGAAGAUAGAUAUCUUUCAUUAUUUCGCUUUCUCAAAAAAUUAGUUUACAUUUGAUACAUUAAUUAUGAAAAUAUUUUAUUUAUUGUAAUUUUAUUUAGAAAACUGUUUUCUUCUUUUAGAAUUAUUUUUUCGAAAAUAUUUUUAUAUAAAAUUAAUAAAAGAGAAAAUAAAAAGUACUACAAACAGUGAUACUUCCAACAAUUUAAAUGUUUUAUUUUGAAUAAUAAAUUCUAAUGACUUUGCCAUAAAUGGUAAUAUUGACUUACUAAAUUAUAAUGAGAAAAUGUAAUAUAUAUAUAUAUAUAUAUAUAUAUAUAUAUAUAUAUGUAUAUAUAUAAAAUACAUGUACAUGUGUGCGUGUGUGUGUGAAUGGGUGAGUAUGUAUGUAUAUGCGCAUGUGUGUAGUGUAUGAGAAAUGUAGUAUUUUUAAAACUCAAAAGAGUUAAUAGUGUUUAUUUCUCGCAAUUAUUUAAAAAUUGUUUAAAAUAUUUUUUAAAUUAAAUCGCGAUUUAACUGAUCUACUAUUGCUUGCUUAUUAUUAAAAUUAUUCUAUCACAUUAUAAAAAUAUAGAUAUUAAUUACUGAAAAUGUUAACUAUGACAGUUUUAUUAGAAAGUACGAAAAAAAUUUACAACUAUUCGCCGUAAUAUUUAUUUAUUGCGCAAAUUAUAUACUCGAAAUUUGCUUUAAAAAUUACGUAAAUGUUGAAUUUAUUUUUUUACUUGUCUAUUGUAUUAAGUUUUGAAUUACGUAUAAUUUUCCGAGUUAUUACAUUACCUUGGGACAUAUUUUUAAAUCUUUUAAAUUAUACUUUUAAAAUAUAUUUUUAGAUAUGUACAAAGAACAACAUUCUAUAAAUAGAUUUUAAUUAA